UGGGCCGACCUCUGGUGGAAAGAGAGGGUGCAGGUGGCGUCUCCGGACUGGACGGAGCUCCGUCAACGCGUCCAGUGGCUGUGGCCCGUGCACGCGUACGGUCUGGCCUGCCUCUUUCUCGGGCUCGCCGUCACCGCCUUCCUCACGGCGCUGGGCCUGCGGGCCAGGCUAUCGGCGAGGCCGCACCUCUCAACGCUCAACGUCUUCCUCCUGGUGCUGGGGCUCACGCGAUGUCUCUGCCUGUUCCUCGACCCGUACGGUUCCAGGCAGCUGAUGCCGAGUGUGAUGCUGGCCAUGCUUUGGGACCUGGCCUUCCCGUGCCUGCUGUCGGCCUUCGCGCUGCUGCAGCUGGCCUUCGUGCAGCUCACGCAGGCCAAGCCCAGUCCCGCACGAGUCGGAGACGAGACGUGCGUCUCGCUCGUCGUCGUCUUCCACUUUUGUCUCGCCAUUGCCUCGGACCUCUUCUGGGCCAUGCAGAACUCGUUCAGGGUGGUGUGGCUGUUCACCCAGCUCUCGUUCACUGCCUGGGGUCUGUUUCUGUGCUCGACGUGCGUGUGCUCCUGCCUGCGGCUGCAGCAGUCCAUCUCCCAGCUGCCCAUGCUUCUAUUCCUGCCCCCGCAAGGCCCUGGAGACGCCGCGACCGAGGUCGCGGCAUCCUCGGCAUGCUACGAGAACAAGGGCAUCAUGGCUCUCGGAACAUUGGAAAGGUCGGUACACAGCUGCGAGCAAACAUUCAUGUCCGGCCGCUCCAUGCCGCGCAGCUACACGGCCAGCAGCGUCCCCAUGCGCGGGGCUUGGGAGGCACUGGCGCCCAGGAUUCGGGUCACCGACGAGCACCAGCGCACCAUCAGCUUCAGCAGCGCGCAGGGCGCUGGGGGAGGACCCUCGUCCCCUUCCAACGAGCACAGAACAGCCUGUUCUUCGCCAUCGACUGAAGGUCCGGAACCGGAACCUGACGCGGGACCUGAUUUACCGAAGAGCUCCGCUGGCGUGCGCUCACAGACGUCGCUGCCCCUCUGCCCCUCACAGCUCACUCGCGAACAGCAGCAGCCUCUCAUGUCCAAACUGGAGGCCGAAUUCAGCGUCGGCGAACAGCGGACCUCCUCGGGCGUGCAACACGUUCGCGACCAGAGGCGGAGCACCCUACCGAAAACCGGCGGCCACUCGACACGGGCGUGGGCACGUCCACGAGAAACCACCAGUUCACUGCUGCUGACGACUGCGUACAGGGCCGGCAGGGGCCAGCCUCAGCCGCAGAAGAAGCGCAGCCGCGUCGAGCGACUGCUGCGCCAGACGCUGCUGGCGGCCGUGAUGGGCAUCGUGCUGUGCUGUCUGCAGGGAUACGGAGUGGCCGGACCACACGGCAUGUUCGCCGCCUCACCGAGGGCGGCCGCGGUGCUGCCCUGGUUCGCCUACCACACGCUCCACAGAUGCCUGGAGCUUGCCAUGGCUUGCACCAUGGCCAGCGUGACGCGGAAGUCCCUCUACAGCAACUGCUACCGGUCGCACAGCUGCAACGAAAAGUACCGGGGGUCACUCUUCUCCUGAGCGCCCGGUCACUUUCUGUCCCUUGCCAAAAACACUGCGCACGGCGUUGCGGGUGGACGAAGACGCCCGCCUCUUUUUUUGGAGGCACGACUUUGCCAAUGCGUGCACCAAGAUGGUGGUAGAGCACACUUGCAGCACGUGCUCAAAAGCGACGCCAACUGCACGCUUGUAGCCCGUCCGGAGCACACGAGUUCCGCUGCAGUGCUAAUUCUUCAGUGCCAUCUUGCACAGUCUCUGCCAGGACGAAGGACACGCCCGCCAUCGUACGUACGGACAUUGUUGAAGGACUAGCCUGGACGUCCUAUCAGCCCGCGUAGGCCGCCAUCGUAAGUUUCAAUGUACAUGCGUGCGUGAUUGACCCACUUUGGGCACAAUUUUAAAAGUUUGUGUGUAUGUGUGUAUAGUUGGUGGGCCCAAGCUUGCCGCCAUAUUCAAGUUCGCAUGUUACAAUUUGUGUUCAUGUGUGUGUGGGUUCAUGUGUGUGUGAGAGACAGAGCUGUGUGUGUAAGAUGUGACCAUCCUACACUUCGUCCCAAUCGAAGGCUGGAACGGAGUUCGCCCUUUUCGCAGUUCCGAGGAAGACGUCCCGGCAUGACUUUCAAGCGUCGGCCAUUGUGACGUAACGGCGGCACAUUUGGAUUGUGACGUCAUCAGCCUCGCUGCGUGCACCGUGUGGGUGCCCGUAUAAGCCAGUCCGUAGUUCACAAAGCUGUCCAUGCGUAACAAUUUGUGGCUAGUUGAUUCAGGCUUUACCAACACGCCGGUCUCUCACAAGUGAGGAAGAAAACACGUCACGUCAACAUCCGGCCAAGUGAAACGUUUCCGUGGGUGCAGUUCCACAUCAGUUCAUCAUGCAGUUAAUCCGGACUAUAUCCAGGCGUAAAUGCUG